AACCACUUGGCCCUAGAGUCUCGGCGGCGCGCCUCGCCACAGGAACCCAGCAGCUGCGAACUCUAUCUUAACCGACCCACUUUAAAACACGAACAGGGCGGGUUUCUAAGGACACUGGGUCGUUGGUCGUUGCGAGGAUAAAGGUGUGUGUACCUGAGAUGGAGUCGGAGGUUGUAGCGCGCUUGCGACGUAGUUAACCUUGUAUGAGCUUUGCAGCUUCGCACGAUGACCGGACCAGCGACGAAGCAGAAGAAGAUGUCUCUCGCUCCUCCGAAAUCGAAGACAAAGCAGCCAAAGCAGUUUAAGCCUUCGACGCCACCUUCUGCGGCGAAAAUUCCACACCUUUCCAACGAGCUCAUUGCCCGUAUCGUCGACUUCCUCCAGGAUGAUGCGCAGACUCUUAAGAGUUGCAGUCUGGCGUCUCAUUCUUUUCUCUCAUUUUCACGGCGAUUGCUCUUCAAUAUCGUACACCUCAACCUCCGAAACUCUCAAACAUUUAUUAAAAUCCUCGAGUCAAGUCCAGGCGUAGGCUCGUUUGUGAAGGAGGUGCAUGUCACAGUGAGUGCCCACGAGUCGCCACCAUGGGUCGACAAACACCUAUUCUCGAUCUCGGAGAAGCUACCAAAAGCCACCGCGCUUUAUCUGAAGGGCAAGGCAAUCUUCACCGCUACGCCCAUUCUGGGGUUUCGGGCCAUCAGGAGUCUGCAUCUCCUCGGCUGCGAGCUAGACUCUACGAACACCUUUCUGACGCUUCUCGGAUCCUUUCCCCACCUGGAGAUAGUAUAUGCAAACGAAAUGGUUGUUUAUCGCGAGAGCGCAACCGCCAGCAAGGAGCUCAGGCUGCUGCCCGAUCGAAGGCCGAACAACUUCAAGUCAUUCACCUCUAACUCAUGUCGAUUGGAUCCGGAUAGGUUUGCGGCGUUCAUAGUCGAUUCUGGCUUCCACAAGACGCUGGAUUAUUUCGCUAGCUGUCCGCUGCAGGACACUUCCUUGCCUGCGCUUGGGACGAUCAUUGGGGCGUGUGGCCCACGACUUAAGCAGCUGAAGAUCGCUUUGGUCUCUAUGAAAGAGCAGGGCGGCUUCAUAGAGCCCCUGAAGAAACACGUCGACCUCACGCUCAACACGGGCCUUGUCAUCCUCGAGCUCUGCUCGCCCGCCGCGUACGCGCGUCUGUAUGGCGCGGACGAUCUCUCCUUCGAGUGGUUCCCGCACCUACUCUCACAGGUCUCGUCGCCGUACAUCGAGGAGCUCGGCUUCUACCUCUGGCAGGAGGACCUGGACGAGCUCGUGUCUCCGCCAUGGGACCAGAUCGUCCGCCUACUCGGCACACCGCAGUUUUCGUCCCUCAAGCGCGUCGCGUUCCACGUCUGGGGCGAGGAGCCCAUGAUGAGCAUGAUAGUCGCCACCGUCCGGCGCAUGUUUGCCGAGUUCGAAGAGCGGGGCAUCCUGCGCAUCGACUCGACGCCAGACCCGGCUUGCAUAUAGAGUUUUACUUGGUUAUUUAACAUUGUAAGUCCUCUUUGUCGAGGUACAACUGAUAUCGUGCUGAGCGAGGCUGUUUAGUUUUUAUGCGUACAUAUCUCGUUGGGUAUAUUUUUCAUAGGGUAUAUUUUUCAUAUUUCAUUUAUGGUAUCUUCAAUAGUGGGUGGGUUGCAUACCCGAGUGCUCCAGGGUUCAUUCUACAGUCGGAAUCAAUACACAUCUUCCC